GGGAGCGGGCGUGGGGCGUUUGUUGGCUGUGCGGCAUGAAGGAGCGCGCGGCGUGCACGGCGCCCACUGGAGGAGAUAACACGUGACAGUGAUCGUGUGUGCAACACUACACAACACCACUACACACCACCACACCCACCACCAGCACCACCACCACCACACCUCACCACCACCACCACCGCCGCGCCGCGCCGCGCCAUGAGAGUGAUCAGUGUGGCCGUGGUGGGCGCCCUGCUGCUGCUGCUGCUGCUGGCCGCCCUGCCUCGGAGGGCGUGGGCACGCGCCGCGGCCAGCCUCAGUCCUCAAGCCCUGCCCGACACCAGGCACGGCCCGCGGCGUCCCGGGGCGGAGGGCGACGAGGGCGUGCUGGCUCACGCCGCAGAAGGGGGCCUGCUCCCCCUGGAGGGAAGGGAGCAGCGCCCCGCGGUGUCGCACCCCCACGGACCCCUCCACCCCCGCCAGGAGGCGCCUGACCACCGCCUCGCGCAGGACACUGACGAGGAGGAGGACGAUGACGAGGACGAGGACGAGGACGACGAAGAGCAGGACGUGGAGUGGUCCGCCGAGGACCUGGAGGUCAUCAAGCAGAAGAUCCUGGACGGCCUGGGCCUCACCACGCCCCCACUCAGAUCCCAGGCAAACAUCACAAAGGAGGAAUAUGAUUUAGCCUACAAUGAAUAUUUACGACUGGUGGAGGAAGAGAGAGCUCGCUUCCCUGACACCUAUCUAAGCGACGAGGAAGAGGAGGACAGCGAGGAGGAUGAGGAGGAGGAGGAGGAGGAGGAUGAAGAAGAGGAGGAAGAAGAGGAGGCCACCAAUUCUGCUUCCUACCGAUUCUACAGUACUGGGGUUACUCAACACAGAAGAAAACGUGGGCGGCGCAGCACGCAGGGCGCUGGACAGGUGGUACACUUCCACGUGGCGGUGCCCGUGCGGCGCGUGUACCACCACGCCCACGACGUGAAGCAGGCCACAUGCCGCCUGUGGAAGACGGGCGCCGCCCUGCAGGACGCCACGCCCGCCACCGUAGCUGUGAGCGUGUACCAGAUGAGCCAAGGGAGCCGCCGCCGCCGCCGCAAGAAGCAGCAGGCGCGGCCCGUGCUGCUGCAGACGCUCAACGUGACGGCUGCGGGCGACGAGUGGCUCUCCGUGGAUGUCACGCAGGCGGUGCGGGAGUGGGUGCGGGCGCCGCGGGAGGACGCGGGCGUGCUGGUGCGCUGCCCGGACUGUGCCGCCGCGGGUGUCACCAUCUACACGGGAGCCGCGGCCUCCAACACGACGCACGUGCCCACGCUGGACGUGGUGACGGAGCUGCCGGCGGGGCGCCGCGCCAAGCGCUCUACGCAGCUGAGCCGCGCCACGCGCGCCAAGGGGAGGAAGCGCGGCGACUGUCGCGACAUGAACCUGUCGGGGCGCCGCCGCCGCUCCAACUGCUGCCGCCGCAGCAUGAAGGUGCGCUUCAAGGACUUACCGGACUUUGAGUUCAUCGAGUCGCCCAAUGAGUUCGACGCGUUUUACUGCAGCGGGCGGUGCCCCCCGCGUUACAACCCCGCCAAUGAGCACGCCCUGCUGCAGUCACUCCUCAAGCUGCAGCACAAGAAGAAGAUCCCCAGGCCGUGCUGCGCGCCCACCGCCCUGCGCGGCCUGCACAUCUUGCACCUCACCAAGGAGGGCAGGAUCACCACCACCUACUGGGACGACAUGAUCGUGACGGCCUGCGGCUGUGCCUGAGCCGCCGCCGCUGCCUCCGCCGCCGUCGCCGCCACCGCCGCCGCCGCCCCGCUGCUCCCACUAGUCACCCACUACGCUUCCCGUAGCGGCAGGGCGUCGCGCCGCCCGCCAGCCUCGCCGUGCCCCGUGUGCUCCGUGUGUUCAGUGGACGUUACCGUUCCUCACGCGUCGCGGUGUUCCUUAGUUGAGUGAGGGCAGCAGCGUGUGGCAGGCCCGCCCCGCCCCGACCCCACCCACCUGCUGUGUGUGUGUGUGUGUGUGUGUGUAGCUGUGUGUGUGUAGCUGUGUGUGUGGCUGUAUGUGUGUGUGUGCAUGUGUGUACAUGUGUACGUGUCGGUACACGUGUGUGUGUGUGCGUGCGUGCGUCACGGAGACAGACAGUGAGGGGUGGCGGUCCCUGCGCCGCGCUGCGUCCCUCACAGCCGCUGCUCGCCCUCAGUUUAUACUUUUAUAUGGACACGGGUGUCGCCAUCUUGGUGUUUGGCGUGAGCGUCAGCCUCGCGUCACUGGUGCGGUUGUUCCCUGCCCCCUGUGACCCCUGUGUCCCCCGUGCCCUGUGACCCCCGUGCCCCCCACCCACCUCCCCAUCCCCAUUCCUGGCGUCGGAACAAGUGGUCGCCUCAACUCUCCUUUCCUUGACGCUAAUGUUGACGACUUGGGUUCCGCCGCACUGUGCGUGCGUGCGUGCGUGCGUGUACAUGCGUGUGCGUGUGUCGGUGUCGGUGUUCAGUGUCCCGCUGUGAUAAAUGUACACAUCCGUGGCCGCCAGGGGUCGCCACGCCCCCUGCGCCCCACGUGUCAUCACCACUACUCCAUAGAGUUACCCCGCCAGUCGCUGCAGCACGCCGGUGUUGUCUGUGUGUCUGUCUGUCUGUCUGUCCUGUUAGUGGCCCACAGCCUGCAUGGGGGAGGGGGGAGGGGGAGGGGGAGGGGGAGGGAGAAGGAAGGGGGGAAGACAAUGACAAACAAACAAUCAUUCUCAUUAGUAACAUCAACUAUAUUUUUUGUACACACUUUUAUUUCUUUGACCGCAGCUUCUGUUUGCUUUGGUUGUUUCUUUGUUCCUGUUUGUUUGCCUCGACUUGUUUGUUCACUCGUUUGUUUGUUUGUGCCAUAGUUUGUUUGUGUUCAGUUGUAACGAUGGCGCCUCACUCGCUCCGGCUCCCGCGUGUGUGUGUGUGUGUGUGUGGUGCACGUGAUGGGAUUCGAACUGCUGUCUCGAACCAUCAGUGUUUCGGUGCGCCAGUGUAUCGAACCAGACCACCGCCACCACCACCACCACCACCACCACCUUGUCUUCUCAUAUCCACAACGGUUUUCUUCUUUACUUCUUUCCAGAUCAUUUUUAAUCAUUUUCUCAUUUUUCCCUCCCUAAUUUUAUCAAAGAUGUUAGUUUUUUGUAAAGAUUCGCUAUGUUUUCCUUGGUUUAGAUUACAAACAAAACUUUACCUGUACAGUUCCAUGUUAACCUAACCCAACCUUACCCAACCCAAC